AUAAUAAAAAAAAAAUUCGGCUGUCGGUCGGCACACCCUACAGUAACAACUCCGAGUAUCUUUCGUCUGACUUAUCUAAACCCGAUUCCCCGUUCGUCGGGAAAAGCUGUGUUCGUCUGCUGGGGAAAUGUUUCAAUAUUUUUCAUUUCUGUCAUCGUUUGUUGUAUCGGCGGGUCUGUUGACACUCCAGGGCCCAGACAAUCGCACGGCGGUGCUACACCGUGGAGCUAAUCUGAGCUGUAAUAUUCUGAAGGAUGGCAAGGCUCUCGCCAGUCUCCACGAGGUGGAGGAGCCGUACAGACUCACCUGGAGCUUUACAGGGGUAGGGGACACGAAGCCUAAGCCAAUCCAUGAGGUAUACAGCAAUGGAUUUGCUCUACCGCAGGCCUCCAUUAAAUACAACAACUCUCACUACAGCAGUGACUUUGACACGACGCUCUACAUCUCUAACAUCUCCUUCUCUGAUGCUGGCACCUACUCCUGUUCUAUAAGAACUGACAGUAAAUCUUUUGAGCUGUACGUCAUUGAGGAGCCUCACUGUCAUAACUACAACAGCAGUGUCCAGGUCAGUCAGCAGGCCUUCUUCGACUGUGGUGUGAGUUUCCAUGGUAACAAUCCUCCAGAAAUAAGCUGGAAGCAUGACAAUAAAGAUUUAAACUAUUCCUUGGUAUAUAAAAACAAAACAUAUACCUUAGCUCGUUUGUCAUUGGUUGCUUCCGAGGAGGAUGAUGGGAAUGUUUAUAUUUGUCAAGUGACUUUCCCGUCAGUUCACGGCUUUAUCUGCCAGACUCUACCCAAGCUGAAAGUUUAUUUUCCGGUGAAAGAAACGGACAUAAUCGUGAGUCCCUAUCAGAUUGUGUACGAGGAGGGGACCAGCAUCAACCUUCGGUGUGUGGCCAAAGGGGAGCCCCACCCCCAUUACUUCUGGACCUUUACCCCCCUUUCUGACCCCCUCAAGGUCUCCAACCUGACCACUCACCCAGCUUACAAGAUCAUCAACGUCAAGAAAUCAAACAUAGGGAACUAUACGUGUAGUGUUCGCAAUGAAAUAAACCGGACGGUCUAUACAGACGCUAAGAUUGUUUUCCUCAACAUCACUGAAAAAGAAGUGUCAUCUGUAAAACCUGGAUACAGAUUGAUGGCGGAGUCCACGACAACAGCCGCUGAGCAGACCCACAGUGGGGAUGUUAACAUGUCUGCCUAUGCAGUGGGGGCUGUUGUGAGUGCCGUGCUGGCAAUAUUUCUGAUUGUUGUCUUCAUCUUGUUAGCCAUCAAAUUCAGGGGGAGAGAGCGGCGCUACAGAGAAAGGAUGGCCCUGGUACAGGAUGAUUUCACUGACGAUCAGGAGCAGGAACUGUUGGACGAGGAUAUCCCCAGUCCUAAUGAUGUCAACAUGGAGAUACAGGGCCAGUACAGGAGACUAGGGGAGUACUGGGAGAUCCCCAAGAGAGACGUACGGCUGAUGGACCUGAUAGCGACCGGCUCGUACUGUGAGGUGUGGAGGGGACGGAUGAGAAAACACUCGGACAGCACCGAUGUCCUAAGAGUGGCCAUCAAGAAAAUGCUAGAUGAUGCCUCAGCUGUGGGAAGAAAGUACUUCUUAGCAGAAAUGGAGGUGAUGAAGUCAUUGAAGGCCCAUAGUAAUGUCAUCACCCUCAUCGGCUGUUACACUCUCACAGAGCCCUGGAUGCUGAUGUUAGAGUACGCCCAUGAGGGGACCUUACAGCGGUACCUCCAGAAACACCGCCCCGGGGCUCAGCACGUGGAGAUACAGUCCCAGGAGUCAGUGCGACUCAAGAACAGCAAAAUAGACGCCAAGAAGCUGCUCUCUAUGGCCACCCAGGUCAUCAACGGCCUGCUACACCUCACUAAGUACAAGCUGAUAUACUACCGCUUGUCGGCAUCGAGUAUUCUGGUUGCCAAGGGAGGGGUCUGUAAACUCUCGGGCUUUGGAUUCCAGAAAGAAAUCACAGAAAGAAAUAUUUACGAGAAGGAAUCCCUUCCUGUUAGAUGUAUGGCCCCAGAAUCCUUAUCACAAAAUAUCUACGACACAAGGUCUGACACAUAUGCUUUUGGCAUCCUACUGUGGCAAAUAAUACAUUUUGGGCAGGUACCAUACCCCACCAUGGACAUUAAUGAAGUGAAAGAGAAAGUACUGAAUGGAGAGCGCAUGCCCCAGCCCCAGCACUGUAGUCCCCAGUUGUUUGGGUUGAUGGAGCGGUGCUGGAGUGGUGACCCUGACCAGCGGCCUCUCUACCCAGACAUCCUACAGACACUGACCACGUUACUGACCCACAGCGACACAAACAUCGUACUGGAUGAUCUCCCCUCUCUGCAUCUCUCAGAGAGUGAAGUAGACUCGGAACAUAACCUGUAGCCAUGUCAAAUCUUUGACCACAAUCUGCAGCCAUGUCAAACCCUGAAACAUAACCUGCAGCCCCAUCAAACCUUCAAUCAUAGCCUAUAGUAAUGUGCAGCUACAUUGGGGAAUGAAAACUAUAACUACAUUUAAUCUCCGAAAAUAAUCUAUGGCAUUAACUAUAAGACAUGCAGCAGAACUAAAAAGAAGGAGUGUUUUUAUGCAGAAGCUUGCUUGCAUUGUAUAUUCUGCUUUGAAUAUUUCUCUCAACAUUUGUUGAUUAACAAAACUUUGUGAAAAAAAACAAAAAAUGACUUUUAAAGGCAUUGGUUAUCUUGAUAUAAUGGUCAUAUACAUUUUUGUCAUGUAUAUUUUGUAAAUUUGCAAGCUAUGUGUAAGAAUUUUAUUAAUAUAGUUUCUUACUUUUAACCCUGAACAACACAAAGACAUCAAUGUGUAGGGAAUUUUCUUUAUAUAAGAUCUCACCGUUACUUAUUCAUAUUUUCCCGUCCACUAUAAGAGUGAUUGAAAAAAACUUCAGCUAUAUUUUUUAUUCACUUUUUUAAUCUACCGUAUAUACAAAUAUUGAUAUUUCACAUAUUUGAUAACCCAUUAGAUAUUUUGGGACAAUGAGUAAAUAGAAGUUAUGUGUGUCUAUUUACAUACUUAGUAGGUAACAAGUUUCUGUGUGCGUUUAUGAUGUGUCUGUUUUGAAAUUUUAGAUACUAAAAUUCAAAAUCUUUAUCUUUUAUUACAAUAUACAGACAAGUUGAUUAAUAUUUUUUGCUUGAAAGUCAGGGUUAGGGUAAGCACUUUUUACUUAGCCUUUUUACUUAGGGCUGUGAAUUUGUUGUACAAGAUAAGAAUUAAGUAUGUAAAAAUCACGUGGAAUAUUACAAUUAAACAACCUUAAAUGGAAAGGGAAGGUUUAGGUUAAAACCAAGGAUGAGAAAUAUACACAAAUAUUUUCCCACAUGUACUAGUUCAAACUGUGCAUACAAUAAAAUCUUUAUGUAGUGUAUUGAUAAAGACACUCAGUGAUGUAACAAGACUUAGCUUCUUUGUUAUGUUUUAUUAUCAGUAACUAAAUGAUUACUAUAUUAACAUGAUAGAUUAUAUUUUCAAUCUUAUUAUACAUUAUAAUAUAAUUAAGGUUGAUUGAAAUUUUAAUGUAUACAUGUAUUACUAGGAUGUUUACUUGUAAAGGUUGCAUAGAUUGUUCUUAUGCUUCACAGGUUUGUUAUUCGCUUUUUAAAAGUUAUACCAAACCAAUUACACCAAUGCAGUUCUGCUCAAAAUAAGGGUAUAUUAUAUUGUUAUACUUUCAUGUUAAAUACUGAAAUCUGAUUGGUUAAGACGCAGUUAAUAAUAUUUACUAUUACCCUCAGCGUUAGCAACGCACUUGGCAACGGGUAACAUUAAAAAAUGUUACAUGCGCGAAAAUUAUGCGCGUACGGUUCGCUGUAGAAUUCACGUUAUUCCUUUAUAAAAGCAGUAAAAUUUUCUUAAAAAUUUUAAAAAAGACAUUCAGUAUAACAAAAUAAAUAGUGCCUGUUUGGGAGGAUAACAGUUGAAA